GCGGGAAAACUCUACUGUCUAAGCGGCGGGUCCGCUGGUGCGACUGUGGAGCGGUCAUGAGCCUCUGGGUGGACAAGUACCGGCCGAGCUCCCUUGCCCGGCUGGACUAUCAUAAGGAACAGGCAGCACAGCUGCGCAACCUGGUGAGCCGCCCUGCUCAGCAGCUUCCUGCACAGCCCGGGGAAGGGAAGGGAAGGGAAGGGAAGGGAAGGGAAGGGAAGGGAAGGGAGGGAGGGAGGGAGGAGGCGGGCGCCCCGGUGCUAGCGAGGGGGUCAGAGUGACGCGUUCCUCAAAGUGCGGUGUGUUUGCUGCCGGGAACCUCAAUGGCUUGGUGUGGGGACCAGAAGAAGGCCAGUGUAGUGGAGAAUCAGGAGCAAGCAGCGGCGGUGCAGUGUGGAGACUUUCCUCACCUCUUAGUAUAUGGACCAUCAGGUGCUGGAAAAAAGACAAGAAUUAUGUGUAUUCUACGUGAACUUUAUGGUAUCGGGGUGGAAAAACUGAGAAUUGAGCAUCAGACUAUCACAACCCCGUCUAAAAAAAAAAUUGAAAUCAGCACCAUUGCAAGCAACUACCACCUUGAAGUUAAUCCCAGUGAUGCGGGGAACAGCGACCGAGUUGUAAUUCAGGAGAUGCUGAAGACAGUGGCCCAGUCACAACAACUUGAAACCAGCUCACAAAGAGACUUCAAAGUGGUAUUAUUGACAGAGGUGGACAAACUCACAAAGGAUGCUCAGCAUGCCUUACGCAGAACUAUGGAGAAAUACAUGUCUACCUGCAGGCUCAUCUUGUGCUGCAAUUCCACAUCCAAGGUGAUACCCCCGAUCCGAAGCAGGUGCCUGGCAGUUCGUGUGCCUGCUCCCAGCAUCGAAGAUAUUUGCAGUGUACUAUCCACUGUCUGCAGGAAGGAAGGUCUGGCUCUCCCUUCGACAUUGGCCCGUAGGCUGGCCGAGAAGUCAUGCCGAAACCUCAGGAAAGCCUUACUUAUGUGUGAGGCCUGCAGAGUGCAGCAAUACCCUUUUACGGAAGACCAAGAAAUCCCAGAGACAGACUGGGAGGUGUAUCUGAGGGAGACCGCAAAUGCUAUUGUCAGUCAGCAGACGCCACAGAGGCUCCUUGAAGUCCGUGGAAGGCUCUAUGAGCUUCUAACUCAUUGUAUUCCUCCUGAGAUUAUAAUGAAGGGCCUCCUCUCAGAACUCCUCCAUAACUGUGAUGGGCAGCUGAAAGGGGAAGUGGCACAGAUGGCAGCCUACUAUGAGCACCGACUACAGCUGGGCAGCAAAGCCAUUUAUCAUUUGGAAGCAUUUGUGGCGAAGUUUAUGGCACUUUAUAAGAAGUUCAUGGAGGAUGGACUGGAAGGCAUGAUGUUCUGACAGCCAGCAGCUCCUCCAAGCACAACAGAUGCCUUGUUUAUAUAAAUUUAUCCUGGGACUUUGGGUAUAAUAAACUAGCUUUACCUAGUAAUGUA